CGGAUUGGUUUGUGCAGAGUGAAAACAACACCAAAGAACACAAGGAAACUUUGUUUGGGGUGCUGUAUAGUGACAGCUUUAAAAAAAAAAAAAAAAAAAAAAACUGAAAAGAAUAAGGGAAAUUUGUUCUGAUCACGCCAUUAUUAUUAACUGUGUAACAGGAAACCUUUCCCGAAUAUAUUUUUUUCUUUGGGUUUCUCGGAUAUUUAUUUAUUUAUUUAUUUAUUUUGCAUUUGGAUUUGCCAGUUCCGCGCUGAGGUGGUUAAGUGUCGACUACAUCCAUUCUCUUCGGGGAUUUUACUUAUCUCGGGGUUUUAUCGCAUUUCUUUGAAAAUUGCAUGCAAGAAGAAGAAACUUUACUAGCUACACUAACUUGUAAGAGUAAUGUUGGCCACCGGAGGGAUCUACGCUGUCAAAAAACGAAAGAAGCCGAUACAGAAAAUGCCAAAGCCCCCCCCCACAGAUGGAAUCAAAUCGAACCCGUCAAAGCGACAUCGGGACAGGCUGAACUCCGAGCUGGACAAGCUGACCAGCCUGCUACCAUUCUCGGAGGAUGUGUGCGCCCGCCUCGACAAGCUCUCUGUACUGCGGCUCAGCGUGGGCUAUCUCAAAGUCAAGAGCUACUUUAAUGCCACCAUGAAGAAGAACAAUGUGGGCUGGCUCAGGGAGAAGCCGGGGACUUUCGGCGGGAACGGACAGAGCGCGCCUCAGACUAAUGGAGCCAGCUUCUCCGAAGGAGACCUCCUACUCCAGGCUCUGAAUGGCUUUGUCCUGGCAGUCACAGCAGAAGGAUAUGUUUUCUAUUCGUCACCUACCAUACAGGAUUAUCUUGGCUUUCACCAGUCUGAUGUGGUCCAUCAGAGCGUGUUUGAACUGAUCCAUACAGACGACCGGGCUAUGUUCCGACGCCAGCUUCACUUCGCCCUCAGUCCCAACUCAUUCGAAUCUGAGGAGGGCACGGAACUCACGAAAAAUGGCAGCAGUAGCACCGGGCUUUCCAACAUUGUGAACUAUGACCCCCAACUCAUUCCACCUGAGAACUCAUCCUUCCUGGAGAGAAGCUUCUGCUGCCGCUUCCGCUGUCUCCUUGACAACUCUUCUGGCUUUCUGGCACUCAAUUUCCAAGGCCGGUUGAAGUUCCUCCAUGGGCAGAACAAGCUAUCGGAGGACGGCACCCUGGUCCCCUCUCAGCUGGCUCUGUUUGCCAUUGGCACGCCCCUCCAGCCUCCUUCCAUCCUGGAGAUCAGGACAAAGACUCUCAUCUUCCAGACGAAGCACAAGCUAGACUUCACACCUAUGGGAUGUGACACCAGAGGGAAGGUGGUCCUGGGUUACACAGACACUGAGCUCUGCAUGAGAGGCACCGGGUAUCAGUUUAUUCACGCAGCCGAUAUGAUGCACUGCGCAGACAACCAUGUCAGAAUGAUUAAAACAGGAGAAAGCGGCCUCACAGUAUUCAGACUACUGACCAAGAACGGAAGUUGGGUUUGGGUUCAGGCAAAUGCUCGCCUUAUUUAUAAAGGAGGAAGGCCAGAUUUCAUCGUUGCCCGUCAAAGAGCCUUGUCAAACGAAGAAGGGGAGGAGCACUUGCGCCAGAGGACGCUGCAGCUUCCCUUCAACUUCGCCACCGGAGAGGCGGUCCUUUAUGAAAUCGGUUCUAUUGGGGAUGACUUCUCCAAUGUUUUUCCAGCCAAGAACAAGAAGGGCGCUGAACAGAAGAGCAUUGAUCCCAACUCUCUUCUGGGCGCCAUGUUGAAGCAAGACCAGUCCAUCUACGUGUCACAUGCGGCCUCCGAGCCCCAGUACUCUCUCGAUAAAGCCAUGGAUGACACCACGCUGGUGAAUGUCCUUGGUGACCCCUGGAUUCCAGGAAACCACAGACAGAAUGCCAGCGUCAAGGAGGAAAGCGAGUCCUUGGCCAUGAUGGAUGCUUUGGAGAAGCUAUUCAAUGGAAAUUACCUCCAACAUGUUGAUGGGCUGGAGCUAAAGCACUGGGAGGAAACCUUGCUUGAGAUGGACAUUAACAACAGUGAAAUGUCCAUAGAGCUCAAUGAUAUCCUUAACAAUGACAUCUUCUCCUAUGUUGAGGAUGCCUUGUUCAAAGAGCAAUGCAAACCCAACAACAACGGGAAAGAUAACGGUCAGUCUUCUAUCAACACCCUGGCCGAGCAGAUGGAUUCCACUGGAGAUGCUCAGCCAAAUUUAUUUGAAGGCCGACUUCCAAAUGGCUUUGUUGCACAGUUUGACACCCAAACUUGCUCACAGUCACAGGGUCAAACUCUACAGGACUUACAGGAAUCACCUUUGCAAUCCUUUCAGACCACCCAGAUGGAUCAAAACCAGCAGUUGCUUUCAGCCCAUCAGGUAGGCAUCCAGCCCAACCAAGUUGGAAUGGAUGAGCCCAGUCUGGCAGGCUUCCAAGGCUUUCUGCAGGCUGGUCCUCAAAAUCACAAAGGACUGAAUGUCUCAAAUGACAUGCAGCCCAAGCUUCAGCAACAGUCACCUGCCAAUCUGAAUGCCCCAAACUCCUUUGUUCACUUUAGCUCCCAAGACAGCAUGGAGCUCAAUGCUAACAAUCAGCUGCAGUUUGGCCAGACACUGUCUGGACCCUGUGCACAGAACCUCAUGGGACACAGCUUGCAGCAGAGCAUAGUUGGCUCCCAGGGCUUCUCCAACCAUGGGCAGCCACAGAUACCCCAGAAUAACAUGGACGGUUUCUCUCAAAUAAGACCAAACCCUCAGGCCAACAAUGGUCAGCCCAACCCACUGGCUCUCCAAAGCCAACUUCAGACGUCCCAGCUGAUGCCAGCACAGCAGCUACUGAAUCCUAUGACUUCUACUGAGGAUAGUCAAUGGGUUACUUCCACGUCCAACACUAACUACACCCAGAACCUUCAGCAGGUGCCCAUGUCGGCCCAGAAUGAACUACAAAACGAUCUGCAGCAGCUAUCCCUGCCCCAGAACCCUUUGAUGAUGAAUCAGCUACCAAAACAGCACCACCAUCAAACAAAUCUAGUGCAGAGAAUGCAGCAGUUACAGCCGCAAGCAGUGAUCCAAAAUGGACAGCUGUACCCCACUGAGCCACACCAGGAAAGACUAGUGGGUGUUCACCCUACAGUGUCUUAUAGCCAAACCCAAGGACUUCAAAGCAUUCCCCAAAUAAGUUCUCUGUUGGCUCAGAACAAUCAGUUUCAACAGUGUGGGUUGGGCUUUGGAGCCCAACAAAUAAGCAGAGUCUAUCAGACCCCUGUGGGGUUAGCAGGCCUCCCUUCGACAAGCAGCUGCAUGUUCAAGAGCAAUUCCUCUCCCCCACUGAACAGGGUGCAGUUUAGCAGCAUGGAACACUCUACCCCUUCUUGCCUUAAUAUAAAGCUGUCCCCCACCCAAAGCCCCCGCAAGGCAUCCUGCUACUACCAGACAAAGCCUAGCGAACCCAUAGCGGGCACUACAGUCACUGCUCAGGAAGACAUCAGCAUCAGCUCUCCGUCAUGCCAGUUCCAGCCUGGCUUUCCUCCUGAGAUUCUCCUGGAGCAGUGUUUUAUAAACUGCAAUGGGAAGACUCCGCAACCAGGCCAUCCCAUGGAAGAAAAUGGAGAGUUACCCUAUACUGCACUUCCUAACGGAAACUUAUAUUUCCCAAAACAUUCUGCACAAGCCAGCUGCUGUGAUUACUAGAUGGCUGUCACUGUGUGCAGCAUUUUAGAGCACCAAAAAAAAAAAACAGAAAGCACAGC